UUUAUUUAUACUUACAAGGAGUCACCAUGUCAUAUUUAAAGCUCUUUUCCGUUCUCACUCUCCUCGCUCCUUUGUUAUGGCCCACCUCAGCUUACACCUGGCCAAACACGGACACUGACAUCUUGGAGGCGAUAUACUACCAACAAAUCGGCUAUGAUGGACGCAGAUUCAGCGCAUUUGUCAGAACAUGCGAGACUGGGAAUAACCUCGGACCAGGACGAACCAACAGUGCAGAGUGGAUACGAACUGCAUAUCAUGACAUGGCGACGGCGGACGUUGAGACAGGUAUCGGAGGCAUGGAUGCCAGCAUCGGUUUUGAGAGGUCCCGUCAAGAAAAUGUCGGAUUCCACGCCUUUACCGAGACCCUUCUCUUCUUCGGCGAUUUCAUGAGUGCUCGUUCCUCCAUGGCCGACUUGAUUGCCCUCGGCGCUGUCAUGUCCGUCACGGCUUGCACUAUCUCACCCAACCGGAAACCACUCUUUCUACCAUUUAGGGCGGGGAGAGUAGAUGCUACGGAGGCCGGCCCUUUUGGUACCCCGGAGCCACACCAAGAUCUCACAAGCCACACGAGAAGCUUCGAGAAGCAGGGCUUCAACAGCACUGAGAUGAUUGGUCUCGUUGCCUGCGGUCAUAGUCUAGGCGGCGUCAACGGACGUGAUUUUCCAGAGAUUGUACCGGCCAAGAACGACUCAACCAACGUCGACAGCAAACAAGCAUUUGACACCAACACUGUACCGAAGGGUGUUCAGUUGUCCGAGGUCAUCACGCCCAUUCCCCUGAAACCAGACAACCUCUUCAUCGCCAUGAAUGAUGGUGGUAACAUGACCAUCACGGGAGAUAUCAGGAUACGAAUCGAUGACAACCUUCCCACCGAUUCCCGCCAGGUCUUCAUCCACUUCAAACCAAGAAGCCCCAGCACACCUGCCAUCCCACCCGUGGAAGCCACCAGGUUAUCCGAGAACACAACAGCCUGGCACCCUUAUGCGCCUUCUUUCGAAUGGUGGAACUUCACCACGACCGUCCCUGCCAGUCAGGGGUUCGAAUCCUUCACAGUCGAAGUCGUCGACGACGGCCAGUCGACAGUGCAUGCCAAUGGUGGAGGCGGCUUCCCCCUGCAAACAGACCUCAUCCCCCAGAACCAUCUCUCCUGUAGCUCAGUGUAUCUGGGAAGAGCCUACCUUCUUAACCUAACCGUGGCGGUACGGGACGAGCUCAAUUUCCAAGACGUAAAGCUCACCGUCCCAAUCCCCGUUCGACAAGCAGAAUCCGUGGUCCCCAGGUUUGAGUCGCACGUCCUCGAUAUGGAGAAGACAGGGGUCCUCGCGGAUACUGGGUAUUCGCUGUACACGGCUAGCUUGGAUGUUAGACCUGAACACAUGUAUGUCACCAUCAUGUCGUAUGGGCUAAGUGGGCGAGGAGGGGCCAGGGAUGUCGAGGUACCAUUCGUUCUGUGGAAGGGCAUGGGGACGUGUCCUUAUAGCUAG